GGUAAGUGCGCGCAGCAUCUCGUCGGGAUGGGAGCCCGGUUUACCGCUUCUCCUCGUGGGAUAUUCAAACAGAGGACAUGCCCUUUGAUUUGCUAAAACCACAUCGCUACAGGCAACUCUCCAGGCAUGCAGUGAUUGCAUCUCCCCACUCAGCAGUCCUGUUUGAUCCAAAAGAAACGUGCCUUCUAAAGAAGCAGGAUGUUCACAGGCUCCACCAAGCUGCCACCCGCUAAAACCCCCCAGCCCGAGAGGCUGGACGAAGUGUACGCUGCCUUACGCAGAGGCUUACAGUCGUACCUGCAGGUCCACCAGCUGGAGCUGGACAGUCUGGGUCACCAAAUCAGAGAAAACAAGAGAAACGGCCGUCUGGGGUCUUUGUAUGAGCAGGACAAGCAAGUGAAAGCCAUAGAGAGGUUUAUGCGCCGCCUGGAGUUCCAUCUCAGUAAGGUUGAGGAGCUGUACGAUGCUUAUUGUAUACAGCGCAGACUACGUGAUGGAGCUAGUAAGAUGGUGGCGGCGUUCAACUCUGCAGCUGGCAGCAAGGAAGCUCGGGAGAGCCAGAAUGAAGCCAACAAGGGUUACAGGGAAUGCACAGAGCACAUGUGCUCUCUUGAGAGUGAGCUAGAGAGCCAGAUGGGAGAAUUUCAUAUAAAGAUGAAGGGCCUUGCAGGAUUUGCGCGUCUGUGUGCUGGUGACCAGUAUGAGGUUUUGAUGCGUUACGGCCGGCAGCGCUGGAGGCUACGAGGCCGAGUGGAAGUCAGCAACAAGCAGAUAUGGGACAGUGAGGAAUAUAUUUUUCUGCCUCUUGUUACAGAACUGCUGUCAAUAAAGGUGACGGAGCUGAAGAGCCUGGCCAAUCACGUGGUGGUUGGCAGCGUGUCCUGUGAAAUGCUGGAUCUGUUCUGCCCGCUGCCGCAGACGCUCGCCGUAGAUAUCAACGACUUGGGGACGGUAAAGCUGAACCUGGAAGUCACUUGGAGUCCAUUUGAUAAGGAUGACCAGACCUCCUCCUCCAGUACGGUUUCCAAACGGCUGCUGUCCAAUCAGAGCCCUCCAGACACACCCUCCAUGCGAGAGCAGGUGUUCUACUCCUUGCUGAAGCGUCAGGGUGAAAUUGAGAACGGGACAGUCUGGUCCAACUCCUCGGAGUCCUCCGACGACUCCUCCAGUCCUGCUCUGGCUCAUCACGCUCAGAGGCUGACAGCCUCCAACGUGCUCCAAACCACUCUGACGGUGUCAUGCGGGCCGCACAAAUCCACGGCUUCAACUCCAUCGCUCUCGUCCAACCAGGAAGAGGACGAGACAGAAGUGGGAGACGUUUUCCCGCCUGCAGAUGCGGUGUCCAAUGGCCAUCUGCAGUCCGACUGCCUCGCUGGAAAGAGUGGCUCAGACUGUCCUGCAAAUCGCAGGUCUUCUGUCCCAUCAGAGGACUCUGAAGUCUCAGCAGAGCUGAGCUUCUCCUGCCCAGAAGAAUCUUCCAUGUCCACAGCGUCUUCAGAGAAGAGGGCAGACGUGAACAAUCCCUGUGAGGACUCCUCAUCACAGGCUGAACAGACUGAGGCAGAAACGCAGGACAGUGACAGAGCUGAAGCCGCAGAAAGUCUCCAACCACAAGAGUCCAUGCAGCUGCUGAAACAGCCAGAGGAGACUCCGACGGCUCCUUUUCCAGCUUCUGCGAGCUUCAAUCAGGAAGUCGAGACAGCUCUGGAAAGUUUCGACUUUCUCAAUGACUCUGACUUUGAUGAAGACGAGGAAGAUCGACCGCAGGAGGAAGAGAAAGUAGAGAGAGAAGAGCAGAGUGGGGAGUGCAUUGAGGACCAAAUUAAAACUGAGGAAGAGACGAACAUAAAAGAAGAAAAGAACACGGAGGACUUGUGCUCUGCAGACAGUGAUGAAGAGGAGGGAAAUGAUCUGGAGAUUCUCAUGGAAGCGCCUGAGGGAUUUAGGAACUCAGAUGAAGAUUGUUGUUCUGGAUCACAGGCUUCAAGCGUCGAUGAUGAGCAGGAUUUGAGUCUUGUGGUGAUUCCUGAGGCUGAAGAUGAGAGCAGGAAGGAUAAAGGAGUUGAAGAUUAUGAAAAGGAAACUUCCCAAGAGGCGUAGGAGCGUUCUUCUACCCGCCCGCCCAUUGGCCACUACUGUCUUCGAGGGUCGAGUGGGGCCACCGCUGAUCCGUUUGUCAUUUCAGUGCCAUUUCUCUGCCACAGACCUUGAGGAUGUUCCAGUCACCGCUUAGACAAACAAAUUCUUCUGUCGCAGUGGAGUUUGUGCUCAUGUUUGCCUUGUUCACCGAGAGCGCUGAACCUGGUGGUUCCUGCAUGUGGCUACAAAAAACCCCACAAAAGCACCUCCAACACCUGUGAUCAUUCGUUUGACUUACACUCCAUCAAGUUGCCUGUGUUAAAGUGGGACGCCACUAAAGUUUACACUUUUAUAAGCUGCUCCUGUCAUGUGAGCCUUUUUGCAUUUCAGGAACAGAUAAGAGGCCUUGUUUCUGAAUUUUCUAAGUCCUUAUUUUCAAGCCAUUCUAUAAGUUAAAUAAUUCGUUUACCAAGUUGCAUUAGCUCCCCCAACGAAAACAAAAAACCCCACCAGUGUUUGUGGACAGAAUGAACCCAGCCAGUUACAUUUUCAGUGUUAAGUCAGAGCACUGCCCAAAAGCUCUCUUACUGUCAGAGGAGAGACUUUAUGAGCAUGUGAUGUUUGUCUGAAGACAAGAAGUCUUUUACAAACUAGGAAUGUACCCUGAAAACAAAAAAAUCAUUUCUUUUAAGAGCCUUUUUCAUUUCAAUCUGCUGAACGGACACAUUAGGAACACAAAAUGUACCUGUUUUUACAAAAA